AACCCACAAAAGCGAACCUAAUCUGAAAAAUUUACCCUUUCUGAGAGGCUGAAAAUGCAGUUAGCUAGCUACAAACAAACAAACAGUUCUCUGUUCUCUGUUCUCUGUUCUCUGUUCUCUGUUCUCUUGUCUUGUAGGAGUAGUAGUAGGCUGUAACAAGGUUGGCGGUGGUAUGCUAAGUGAGGCACGUUUUCCAUCUCUUGGCUCUCUUUUCUCUCGAAUCCUCCGUUCUUCCCUCCACCACCACCAACUAAGUUCAACAUCAAACCCACCAUUUUCUCUUUCCCCUUAUCUCAUGUCGAUUUCCACCAAAAUCCCGCACCCUGUCCUCCACCACCCUAAUUCACCAUCCCUUAAUAAAGCCCUAAAACCCUCUUCUUCUUCUUUACAUUCUACACCCAAUAAAUUAACCUUCUUUAGAUCCAUUACUAUUGAAAAAAUCUUCACAAAAUCAAUUUUUGCUACUCCCACAAGUGCUUCUUCACAACCCUCAUCAUCUCUCCAACCCAUUGAAGAGCUCCCACCGAAACUCCAAGAAAUCGUCAAACUCUUUCAAGCAGUCGAACAACCAAAGGCUAAAUACGAGCAGCUCUUAUUUUACGGUAAAAAUUUAAACCCACUUGAUGCAAAAUACAAGACCACUGAAAAUAAAGUUCAGGGUUGUGUUUCACAGGUUUGGGUUAGGGCUUAUUUUGAUUCGGAGAAAAAUGUGAUCUUUGAGGCUGAUUCUGAUUCGGUACUCACUAAAGGGCUUGCUGCUUUGUUGGUUCUGGGUCUAUCUGGUCGGCCCGUUGAAGAGAUUAUAAAAGUUUCACCUGAUUUUGCUGUCCUUUUAGGGUUGCAACAAAGCUUAACUCCUUCCAGGAAUAAUGGCUUUUUGAAUAUGUUGAAGCUGAUGCAGAAAAAGGCACUGCAGUUGUACGUUGAAGCUGAGAAGGCAGCUACAUUAGGACGCAGUGAAUCCUUAAAUGCCUCGACUGAGGCUUCUUCGUUGGGCGGUGUUAAUAUUAAUGGAAAUGUUGAGUCUGGAGAGAGUACUGAUGUUAGUGGGAAUAAUGUGAGUGUUGGUGGUGGAGAUGGCGAUGUUUUGAGGAGUAGAGGGAUGAGAAUUAAAGAGAGAUUAGAGAAGGAACUUAGGCCUAUGGAAUUGGAAGUUGAAGAUAUAUCUUAUCAGCACGCGGGACACGCUGGGGUUAGAGGCAGUGAUGGAGAGACGCAUUUUAAUCUAAGAGUGGUUUCUGAGGAAUUUGAAGGGAAGAGUUUGGUUAAGAGGCAAAAGAUGAUUUAUGAUUUGCUGCAAGAUGAGUUGCAGAGCGGAUUACACGCUUUGUCAAUUGUGGCCAAGACGCCCUCUGAAGUUGGUAGUAGUUGAAUUUAACUGCCGGCAUCAAGAGAGGUCUGGUUUGUUCUGCCCUGUAAACUUUUCGUCCUUGUUGAAUUUAUUGAAGUUUAUACCUCAUAGUAACUAAUAGCAUGACACCCUGAGAAGUACUGGAUUGUUUCUUUUCUCACGAGAAUCUUAAUAAAGUAGUUACUGAAGUAUUUAAAACUAAGUUUUUCUUUCCCUCCCAAGAUUUAGAACAAUAGAGAGCUUCAAUUGUCUUAUCUACUGCAAUAAUUUGGUUGCUUCAAUCUUA